AUGCCUCCCGGCGGCGGCGGGCCCAUGAAAGACUGCGAGUACAGCCAGAUCAGCACCCACAGCUCCUCCCCCAUGGAGUCGCCCCACAAGAAGAAGAAAAUCGCGGCCCGGAGGAAAUGGGAGGUGUUCCCGGGAAGAAACAAGUUCUUCUGCAACGGGAGGAUCAUGAUGGCCCGGCAGACGGGCGUCUUCUACCUGACGCUCGUCCUCAUCCUGGUCACUAGCGGACUCUUCUUCGCCUUCGACUGUCCCUACCUGGCGGUGAAAAUUACCCCUGCCAUCCCUGCAGUCGCUGGCAUCCUGUUCUUCUUUGUGAUGGGGACCCUGCUCCGCACCAGCUUCAGCGACCCUGGAGUCCUCCCACGAGCCACGCCUGAUGAAGCCGCCGAUCUGGAAAGGCAAAUAGAUAUCGCAAACGGCACCAGUUCAGGGGGGUACCGCCCGCCUCCCAGAACCAAAGAAGUCAUCAUCAAUGGCCAGACCGUGAAACUUAAAUACUGUUUCACCUGCAAGAUUUUCCGGCCCCCUCGCGCCUCCCAUUGCAGCCUUUGUGAUAACUGCGUAGAACGGUUUGAUCACCACUGUCCCUGGGUAGGCAACUGUGUGGGGAAAAGAAACUACAGAUUUUUUUAUAUGUUUAUUUUAUCUCUGUCUUUUCUGACAGUCUUUAUAUUUGCAUUCGUUAUCACCCACGUCAUUCUUCGUUCACAGCAAACAGGAUUCCUAAAUGCCAUUAAGGACAGUCCUGCAAGUGUCCUGGAGGCUGUGGUGUGCUUCUUCUCUGUCUGGUCCAUCGUUGGCCUCUCAGGAUUCCACACCUACUUGAUCAGCUCCAACCAGACGACAAAUGAGGACAUUAAAGGAUCCUGGUCAAAUAAAAGAGGUAAAGAAAAUUACAAUCCCUACAGCUACGGAAAUAUCUUUACCAACUGCUGUGUUGCCCUGUGUGGGCCCAUCUCACCAAGCCUAAUUGACAGAAGAGGGUACAUCCAGCCCGACACACCGCAGCCAGCAGCACCCUCCAAUGGCAUCACGAUGUACGGGGCCACGCAGUCACAGAGUGACAUGUGCGACCAAGACCAGUGCAUUCAGAGCACCAAAUUCGUUUUGCAGGCCGCGGCCACGCCCCUGCUGCAGAGCGAGCCCAGCCUCACCAGCGACGAGCUGCACCUGCCCGGGAAGCCCAGCCUGGGCACACCCUGCGCCAGCCUCACACUGGGCCCGCCCACACCGCCCGCCUCCAUGCCCAACCUCGCCGAGGCCACGCUCGCGGACGUGAUGCCCCGGAAAGAUGAGCACAUGGGCCACCAGUUCCUGACGCCUGAUGAGGCGCCCUCGCCCCCCAGGCUGCUGGCGGCGGGCAGCCCUCUGGCGCACAGCCGCACCAUGCACGUGCUGGGCCUGGCCAGCCAGGACUCUCUGCACGAGGACUCUGUGCGCGGCCUGGUGAAGCUCAGCUCCGUGUGACCCGAGUGGCCCCGGGCCGGCGGGCACCAGAGGCUCCUCCACGGGCAGCGGGAGUGAGUGGAGGGGUGUGCCCCACAGCGACUUUCCCAGCCAAUGCUAUGGUGGAGAUGACAGCCCCAGGUCUGGGGUACAGAGACCACUUAGGAUGGCACAGGGCAGCUGGCCCCGGAUGCUGAGAGCUUGGUUUCAUUUGAAUUUUCUUCCCCAACCUGAGUGCUUUGACAACAAUGGAAAUAGAGAAGUGGCUGCUUUCUUUUGGUGACCCUCCAGGGGUGGAAUCGGAAUGUAUCUGCCCGCCCUUGUGACAGACACACAGAAGGCUUCUGAUGCUUGUGGCCAGACUGCAAUUGCACUUACGUGUUAUGCUACUAAUAUUUGAAACAGACCUGCCAUUCCAUUUGUUAAUUAAAAAAAAAAUCCUAAAGGGAAAAAACCGACCAGGUGUGGAUCUGCAUGCCACGCUGCCGUCUGUGUUACAGUGGUGUUGCUAUUUCCGAGGAAGUGCUGCUUUCUUUUUCUUUCAUUUUUUAAUUUUGUGAAUUUUUAAGUGCUGUUUUGUUGGAAGACAGUGCAACGAACCGAGACUAAUGGACAGUGUCAUCACUCAGCUUACUGGGCUGAGGCGUCUGUGGAGAGGUGGCACUGGGGCUGCAGAGGGCGGCUGGGGUUCCGUCGUGUCGGGUGUCACUUCACCUUCUGUUUGGCCACUCGAUGAGGUCUCGUGUUGAGGUAUUGUGUGGCGCCCCCCCACAGUCUUCACCUCCGUGUGUGAUGAAACUUCCCGUGGACAGCCAAUAAAAUGACGUCCUCUGUUA